CUUUGAUGCUCUGUGGUUACCGGGUGUGUGUACACAUGUACAUACAUAUUCUGUGCUAACGCUGGUUGCAUUUUUAACGGACAUUUAUUGACGUUGAUAAAGAAUCUCCAGAGUUUCCGUUUACAAGCUUUCUCGUAGGUCUGGUUGAAACACCAGCACGUGGAUUUUUAACCUUGGUGAAUUUUGUGGGAAGGAUUCAGUCGCGUUUGAUCGCGUUCGAUCGCGUUGUGAAGCAUUGAGUACACUCCUUAUUAAUUUUGAAGAAUUGCGGUUUUUCAUCACGAACAGGAAUAUUCCCUUAGUACUAAAAGGGUAUUUAAUAAAAAAUCUUCAUUGACGGCUAAAACAGUUAGAUAAUGGCUAAAACAAAACAUCAGAAUAAUUCAACACCAAUUCAUAAGAAUAGCUUGAAAGGAGUUAAAAAUGUGUUUAUUGGUAAGAAUAGAAGCUCUGAUUUUAAGAGUAACUUUAAAACUAAAAAUUCUUUGAUUAACGAUUCAAGACUUAAAAAUCAAGGAAAAAAUAAAUUAAUAACACAAAACCUGGAAGACCAUUUCAUCUUUCAAAAAAAAGUUCCCAAUGGGAUUGUUUUAAAAAAUUCAAAGAAGGUACAAUGCAAUCAAAAAGCGGAACCACUUAAGAAAACUAAGCAGACUACCUUGGAUCGAAAGAGGAGUAAAAUAUUUGAAGGUAAUGGAAGCAAUGAUAAUGAAUUUGCUGAUAAUACCGAUGUACCAAACAUAUUUGAAUCAAGUUUGCCUGACGAUUCUGAUUCCGAUGAUGAUGAUUAUAAUGGCGAUGAAGAUGGGAAUUUACCUAAAAAUAAAGGUGUGAAGAUGUUUAAAGGAAUAUCUAUUAAUACUGCUAAACAAAAGUAUCACACUUCUGAAGAAGAUGAUAGCGAGGAUGAAGGAGAUCGAUGUAAUAUGACACUGGCAAAAGGUUGCCAAGAAGAUGCCCUGGAUCCUAACAGUGACAAUAGCGUUGAUAAUGACGACGAUGAUGACGAUAGUGAUGAUAACGAAGAAUCUGGGCCAGGAUUAAAAGAUCUAUUAGGAAACAGUUUGGCAGAUGAUGAGGACGAUGAAGAUUUUAAUAGUGACGAAGAAGAUGAUGAGGAUACAGAUAUUAGUGAUGAAGAUGAGAUAGAAAGCUCUGCAUCAAGGAAGCAAUUAAUCCAUAAAAAUGAAAAUAAAUCUACAAAAGAUUCUGGCCUAGGAUUAAAAGAUCUAUUAGGAAACAGUUUAGCAGAUGAUGACGAUGACGAGGAUUUUGAUGCUGCCGAGGAAGAGGAUAAUGACACAGACAUUAGCGAGGAGGAGGAUGAUGAUAGUGACGAGGUAGACAUUACUGAUGAAGAUGUUGAUUUAGAUGACCAUUGUAUUUCAAAAAAAAACCAAUCUGUUCCUAAAAAAGAGAAUAAGUUGAAGAAAGAUGAGGCCCAAGGUAACGAAGGGCAUAAAAAUGUAACACCUGAAGAACAAAAAGAAAUUGACAAGAGAACGAUUUACAUAGGAAAUCUCCCAAAAGAAACGACAAAAGCACACUUGAAAAAAGAGUUCAGUGUAUUUGGUCUCAUUCAUAGUAUUCGCUUGAGGGGCAUUAUUCCUUCUAAUCCAGGCAUACCAAUAAAAGAAGCAGCAAUAAAAAGAAAAAUUCAUCCGAAGAUAAAUACAAUCAUAGCAUAUAUACAUUUUAAGUCUGAAGAAUCAGCAAAGAAAGCCAUUAAACUGAAUGGUAGAAAAUUUAAUGGCAAUUUUCUACGAGUGGAUAUCGUUGCUAAAGCAAACGAAAAGCCUGACCAUAAAAAGGCAGUAUUUUUGGGAAAUUUGCCAUUUGAGGUUGAAGAAAAUAUGAUUUGGGAACUGUUUGGUGAUUGCGGAAAAAUAGAGUCAGUAAGAAUAAUUAGAGAUUCCAAGACUGGAAUUGGUCGAGGCUAUGGAUAUGUCAACUUUCAGAGUGUCGAUUCUGUAGCUUUGGCACUUAACUUGGAUGGUUCCAAAGUGUUACAUCGAGAAAUAAGGGUACAGCCAUGUCUUGUUCAACCACCAAAAUCGGGUACGAAGAGGAAGCAAUCACAAUAUUCUGCGAAUAAAAAACCAAUGAAAAAAGUAAAGAAACAACAGAACAAUGAUGUAACAUUACAGAAACAGGCCACAAAUGUACAAAAACACAUGGUUCAGAAAGAAAAUGACUCAUUGAAACACCAGCAAAGGAGCCCAAAACUUAAAAAAAAAAAUAUAAAUACAUUUCAAGGACAGAAGGCUGAACGGAAGAAGAAAAUCAGGGGUAAUAAGGGAGAAAAGAAGAAAAAGUUAAUAGCUGAAAUUUUAACAAAAAGAGCUUCAAAAAAACCUGCAGCCAAUUAGUCAUUUCAUUAAAUUUUGCAGUUUAUAUUUAAUAUUAUUAUAUAUUAUUUUACAUACAACUAUUCCUUCGCUUCCGUAAUGGCAGCCAAACAUUACAACCAUUGUUAAGUGACAAUUGUUCAUUCUCAUUGAAUAUAUGUGAAGUUUUAAGAAAAUCAUUUUCUAGCAUGUAUAUAUAUUUGUAUCUAUUACGUAAGAAGUAUUUGUGAAUGAUGAUUUUGCCUGAUAAAAAUAUCGUAUGUGGAUGA